GCGCCGGCGAAUCUGGCAAAUCCACCAUUGUUAAACAGAUGAAGAUUAUCCACGACAAGGGCUACUCACAAGAAGAAUGCGAACAAUAUCGUCGCGUUGUCUACAGCAACACCAUACAGAGUAUGAUGGCCAUCAUACGUGCUAUGGGUCACUUGAAGAUCGAUUUUGCGGAUCCCUCGAAAACGGAAAUCGCACGUCAAUUCUUUACAUAUGCUUCAACAGCGGAAGAGGGUAUACUGCUGCCAGAAAUCGUGCUACUCAUGAAGAAACUUUGGGCCGAUGCGGGUGUGCAACAGUCGUUUUCGCGUUCACGUGAAUACCAACUAAACGAUUCGGCUGCAUACUAUCUGAACCUGUUGGAUGAAAUAUCAAAGCCAAAUUACAUACCAACACUGGAGGAUGUAUUGCGCACACGAGUCAAGACCACAGGCAUUGUGGAGACACAAUUCUCAUGUAAAGGAAUGCAUUUCAAAAUGUUUGAUGUUGGCGGUCAGCGUUCGGAGCGCAAGAAAUGGAUUCAUUGCUUCGAAGGUGUAACGGCGAUCAUAUUUUGUGUCGCAUUGUCGGGAUACGAUCUGGUACUUGCCGAAGACGAAGAAAUGAAUCGUAUGAUUGAAUCGCUCAAAUUAUUCGACUCAAUAUGCAAUUCCAAAUGGUUUGUGGAAACAUCAAUAAUAUUGUUCUUGAAUAAGAAGGAUUUAUUCGAAGAAAAAAUCAAAAGAUCUCCACUCACAAUCUGCUUUCCGGAAUAUACAGGUCCCAACACUUAUGAGGACGCUACCAACUAUAUACGCAUAAAAUUCGAGAGUCUCAACAAACGAAAAGACCAGAAAGAGAUUUACACGCAUCUCACAUGUGCAACGGACACAAACAAUGUGCGCUUUGUUUUCGAUGCCGUCACCGAUGUUAUCAUUAAGAACAAUCUCAGAGAUUGUGGGCUUUUCUAAAAUUACAUUAAAAUUAGUUGAUAUGUUUGCAUUUAAGUUAAUCUUUUCCACUCAACAUUUGCUUAUCCCUAAAAUAUAAAUAUGUAAGCACGUAUGUUUUUGAGCAGUGCAUUUCACUGGUGUAUUGCUGGUAUUCAUUAUAGAUCAUUGAUCCAAACAUUCCCAUGCCACCACGCAUACCUAAGAUGUAGGUACUACACUCAAGCAUUUGUGUAUAUAUAAGUAUGCGUCAGAGCGAUAAUUUUGCAGCAAGUAGUUUUGCUUUUGUAAAAUUUCAAGAUCACUGAAGCUUGCGGCAUAUGCACAAAUAUAAAAAUAUAUACCGUUUAUGUUAGUAUUAUUAUGUAUAAAGCUACUUGAGAAUGCAAUUGGAAAUUUGUAGCUUGUGUAUAGUUAUGUAAGUAGGAAAAAAUGUUGCAAAAUCUAAUUAUUACUCCUCUGGAGUUGACAAUAAGCUACUCUGGUCAAAUUAAAGAGUGUAAUGCGAGAAAAUUAUAAUAUUUAUUGACUAAAAGCAGUAAAAAAUAAGUAUACUACUGAAACGCAUAAUAUUUAGUUACAAUCAUAUAUAAAUAAUACUAAGAAUAUUUUUUUUUACAUCCACAAUUAAUUAAUAAUGUAUAACAGCACGAUUUUUAUAAAAGAAAAAGGACAAAAACAAAUUUACAUGAACAAUUAUUAGGUAGUGUGUCUGAAAUAAAAAAAAACUUUUUGCAUUCUAUUAUAUUUAUCUUAUGUUCCAUCAACGUGUGAAAUGUGUCGAAUAUUAAUAUUUUCCGAACGAAAGCUUUUGUUUUUAAUUUGCAAUUUUUAAGCGCAGUAAUGCUGUCGAAAAGUAAUAACUCUGACAUGACAUUUUUCAGUAAUGAAUUAAUUUCAGUCUUCUUGCUACUGCUACUAAUAAUAAUCAUAUUUAAUUAGUACAUAUUUUUUUACGUUAGUGAAAAAACUAUUUUUAUUUUGUAACUUUAGUUUUAAUGUACAAAAUAUUAUAUAAUAUAUUAAACUAAAAAAUAAAUUAUGCGAUAAAAAACUAA